AUCGGGAUUUUGGUGGCAAAGAAAAUUAAGGCGCGUUGGGCGGAGCGUUGAAAUACAAGCGCUCCCGUUGAUAACUUGGCAACAGACUAAUCCUUCACAUCGUACAUGAGCACAGCUGCACACAAUGGCCCAUCCGGCAACCAGGGUCCAGACUCAGCGUUCCAGGCAAGGUCAACGUGCACAGCAGCGACUACAGGAACAGGGGCAACAAACACAGGAGCAGGAAGCAGGACAAGGGGUAGCACCAACACAACUGGCGAGCAUUCGGAGUUUUCAUGAUGCGGCAUGGCAUUUCAACGAGUUUGAACAAAGUGGGCUGUCUACCUCCGAACAAGACCAGGCUCAGAAUAAGGCUCAGAAUUUGCGAUCCGUUGCUUUAAUGGCGCGAGGAGGGUUAAGGCGAGGUCGGGGCGACUUUGAAGGAAGCAAUACACAACGUAAUCCCUCGGCCAUGGCUCCACCUGCCAAUCCAACAUCAACUAUGCUCCAAGACACAAGCAUGGAUACUAAAAAUUAUGAACAGCAGCAGCAGCAGCGCCUUGGUUUCUCGCAGGCAUUCGCUUUAGGCGUAUCCAUUCCAACAUCAGAGUUUAACACAGAGGCAUUCGGAACCCUCAGUGUCCGUCCUGCAUUUAACUCGAACUCAAACACGAACACAGGCGUAACUGGCUCCAACAUGAUCACAGUGACGGCACCAGGCACUAACUGCGACCCUGUUGAGUCCUUGGACGAUGAUCUUGAACUACCAGGAGACUUUGAUGAGCUGUUUGAGGACGUUGAGAUGGACGUCAGCAAGGAGGGCCAUGGUCUCGGUCACGAUACCGCGAUGAGCCAAGCCGCACCAAUCUUUGGGGAUGUCAACCCACCAGCAUCACAAAAUGGGGUUGAGAGAGUCGAGGAUAGCCAGGCUGCUGAUGAAUUGGCAUCGCUGAGGCAGAGGCUAGCCGAGAUGGAAACCCAAUUGAGAACCAAGGAGGAAGAGCUGCAGAUUAAGACCGGCCAGGCAUCCAUUCUCAAGGAAAAACUUGAUGAAGAGGCACGCGCUCAUACCGAUUUGAAGGAGACGUUCAGGACCACAGAUGCUCAACAUCAAUCGGAAAAAGCAGCACUGGAGGAAAAACACCGCAUGGAUCUCAGCAACGCGAAAAUGAGCCUUGAGUUUGAGGUACACGCCUUUCUGCGCUCUUUCUUUCAGGCAGAUGGAAUACUGCUUGUUUGUAGGACUUACUAAUGCCACGCCAUGUACAUGCGACUGCAAUGAAUGUAGAUUGCAACGUACAAAGCAAACGGACGGCAGAGUUCUAGGGUCCCCAAAGAGAUACAGAUACCCCGACAACCCUCACCACUCAUAGAGCAGUUCCCAAAGGGAUUUGAAGGAUUUGCCAGCACACAGUCAUCCAUCAAGGCUCAGCUGAGGAGUGGUAAUACUGACCUAGGAGACACGCUACAUUAUAUGGAGGAUACC